AUGAUGCACCAUCCUUCCUCUCAAUUUGGAUCUAAUUUGAAGACCACCGAACCUGACACCAACAACUCCUAUCAAUAUUCACAGAACCAGGACCCGAACGACUCCACAUUUUCCCCAAAAGGCAACGUGGCAGCAUUGAGAAAUGUUAUCCAUGGACAGCUGGACAUGAAGACACCAUCAGGAAAGACGCAUGAUAAUUCCAGAUAUCAGAAGCCUGCGCCACCGCCAGUUGAUCCCACACCAGCUUGGGCGAAAAACGUCAAGGUGUACGAGCCGAACGGAUAUGUGGAUCCUCAUUUAAAUAAGCACAAUAUGGGACGAGUUCUCGAUGGACCAGUUAAUCCGAACAAAUUUUUUCAAGGAGUCCCACCACCCAGCUAUAGUCAAGUCAAGCUAGGAAUCGACUCCAAACCUCCAGCACCCCCAUCCAAACCCAUUUCCCAAGCCCAAGCUCUUCAAGCCCAGGUCCUUCAAAACGAAACCUUCUCCUCGAAACCCCCAUCAGACCCCUACCGUGCCCCACCCAUCAAACCCACAAACUCCUACCGUAUACCCUAUGACGUGGCACUUGAUCCAAGACAUCAUCCUGAAUUCGAUAUCGAUGAUUCUGCGUCUAUAAUCUCUUCGUCUUGCACUUUCGGAGAGUCUUCUGAAAUUGCAGCGUUCAGUGCUGCAGCAGAGCAACGGCAUUUGUAUGAGCAAUAUAAGAGGAAGCUGUUGGAAGAGAAAAUGAUGGAAGAGUUAAAGGAGGAUAGUGAGACACCGGCUGUAUCGAUUUCCGAGAAUGAGGUUCCCCGAUCGAUAUUCGAAACAGACCUAAUCCCAUUUGGUCAUGUGACAACGGCUCCUGUUACCACCGCUCCACCCAUUGCUACAGUACCCCCUCAGAAACCUGCAGAUCUAAGUUUCAAAUAUUCUCCACCACAACAAUCACCAUCAAGCGACAAACAACGAUCACUAGACCUCGAAAGUUCUCAACUACUGGUCAAACCCAAGUCCCCUGCCCCAUAUUCCACGUCGUCUAGUGAUCACUAUGGGACAAUUCGAAGGAAACAUAAACCAGUGGCGAUAGAGAUAUCACCAAAGAUAUCACCAAAGUUAUCACCUAGUGAUAAGAUUUCACCCAAAUUCUUUGGAAAUGGAUUUGAGGAGAAGCAGAAAGACAGGACGCCAGUGAAGCUGUAUCCAGAUGUGGGAUUUGGGAAUAGUGAGAGCCUCAAUGAAUCUCUCAACCAAGCAUUUGAAAUCGCCUCAUCCAUCGAAUCGGCAAAAAAUAAUUAUGAAGCUCCGCACACCACUCCGAAAAGCUUAACAAGUGGAGGAGACCGCUCGAUUUCGGACACAUAUCCAGUAUCCUCGGUUGUCUCUUCGCCACCAAUGGAUCCAACGACAACACAGACUAAUAAGGAGCCCGAGACGAUGAGCAAUUCAAUGAGCACAAAUAUGGAUGACUCUAUUAUUAUUCAUAAACACGAGAGCCCUGAUUCGUCGCCCGAUCGAAAUGAGGAUAUGUCACAAUGGUAUCGGAAAAUGUUCAAACAAAUGCAUAAAAAGGGCGAUGAGGAGCAACCGAAGACGGCGUCAGAGUUUGAGAGAUUUGCUGAUACCACCCCAACUGGAAACUUGAGAAGAAGUCAGGAGAGCCUACACCAACAGAAUCAUCGGACCACACCAUCCGUGUCGCCAAAAUCGCCACACCACGAUUCGCAGAUUUCCGGGAGUUUUGUGGAGCAUGGUGUGCCUUCCUCAUCAACAACUCCACCACAAACUACAAGUGCACUACAAACAACAACAAAUCGAAAAUACAUCGCUCGACCACCGCACUUCCAUCUACCAACGUAUCGAUUUCGAGAUGAAGAUCCACGGCCGCAUAGAUGCACUUUUAACAAUUGCCUGUUGAAAAAUAACAAGUAUGGAACGCCGUGUAUGAUGUGUGACCGGCCCCGGAAGGAUAUAGAGUUUAAGGAUGUGGAUGUGAUUUAUGAGAAUAUGAAGAAAAUGAAAGAGGAGAAACGACAGAGGUCACAGAAUAGUUUGGAUCUAAUCCGUAUCACAAAUAACCUCGAUGAGACUACUCGAAGUCUCAAUCAGUUCCUUCAACAAAUCGAUGCCACGUGGAAACGAUCGAAAUCUCAGCCAACGAUGAGACUAACAAAAGGCAUGAGUUUGAUGUGUGUUCGAGGCCCAUCUGAUCCACAAAACUAUCAAGUCGGUUUAAAAUCGAAUGAGGACGAGCUAUUGAGGUUGAAAGCAGAAAAACUGGCAGAGGAGUUGAAAAAGGAGAAGGAUAGGAAACACAGUUUUAUACCAUCCGCCACUCCAUCCCUUCAAAACAACAUGGAUCGUUUGAACAGUCUUUUGUACGAUUUUUCAAAUGAAGCACCUGAACAAAACUAUUCACAACAUCAGAAUCAGAAUCCGGUAGUCACAGCUACAGCGGUUUAUAAAUUUGAGCCGAGAAGUGCGAGAGAACUCCCUUUAAACCGCGGAGAUAUCAUCCGCAUCAUCCGAGACGUCGACGCCUACUGGAUGGAAGGAGAACGAAACGGACGGUGUGGAAUAUUCCCGAAUUCCUAUGUCCAAAUUAAUUCUGGAAGCCAGUCGGAUAGUCAAAAGAUGCGAGCGAUCUAUCCGUUCACAGCGAGAAGUGAUACAGAAUUGAGCUUGAAGAGGGGCGAAAUCGUGACCCGCCGACGACAAAUCGAUUCCAACUGGUUGGAAGGAUCCAACCAAAUCGGAAUCGUCGGAAUCUUCCCGGCUUCCUAUGUGGAAUCACUGGAGACACAUGCGCCAGAGCCUCCAAUGGCCCAGGGAGUGUUCCCGAAUCGACCGAAGACACCGAAGAUUGAGGAUCAAUAUCAGAGCUACAGUAAUCCAAGAGGAGGAAUGGAGCAGCAGUAUCAACCCCAGCAAAGUUAUCAGUCGGAGAGAUAUCAACCAUAUCAACCACAACAACAAGUUCACCAACAGCAGCCACCAGUUGCUACAGUAGUCCCAAAUAACAAAGUUCGAUUUGAUUUGCCAUCCGGAUCGGAGACCAGUUUACAGAUUAGCUACGGAAUGAAACGAAUCGAGUACGAGCCGCCACACGAAGAGCCUAUUCUGGAGCAGUACAGAAAGCCGAACGACGAGCCGAAACCUACGACAACUACAAUUCCGACAAAAAAAGACAACAAUAUCCUCAUGAACGCCGCUUCUCUAAUUCCCAAAGGGUCUGAAAUGUACCGAGCCGUCUACCCGUACCAACCGCAAAAAGACGACGAACUUCAGCUGUACACAAACGAUAUCAUAUUUGUAGUGGAGAAGUGUGAUGAUGGAUGGUACAUUGGUACAUCGCUGCGAACCGGCGAGUUUGGAAUCUUCCCUGGAAAUUAUGUGAAACGCCAUUAA